ACAACAGCUAGAUUUUGAUGUGUUUUUUUAAUCUCUGCACCUGUAACUACCAGAGACACACUGCAGAUUCCAGACCUUGUCUGUUGAUUUUAAAAUUCAGAAUGCUCUUAAAAAAGCUAUGGCUGGCAAUUAGUAAAUAAAACACUACAUUUAGGAUAUAAACUGUGCUGCAGAAGGAGCUUUCUCUGGUGGUAACAGAAAGUAAUCUGCAAAACUGAAUAAUAAAUGAAGUAGCUCGUGCUUGCAGAAGUGGCCUGACCACAAUCUAUGAGGCACAUGAAGCUUAGAGUAAAGGAAGGAAGGAAUAAAUAACUUACUGGCAAGUUUCAGUAAUGGUCUGCCUUAUCAUGGGUCAGAGAGCCUGUAUUUCCUCAAAGCAUUUGCUAAACUUCCUCUUACACAGCACAGGGCAUGGAAGAGCAGCAGUGUCAUCUUUGGUGGGUGUUUCUGUUUGCUUUCCUUUCUGCUGCUACUUCCCUAUUCUCUAAUCCUUCUCACUUUGAGUCCUCCCUCUUCCCUAUUUCUGGUCUCUUUUCCUUUUCUCUCUCCUUAUGUGCCCUCCUGACCAAUCUUCCUUUCACAUGACAGUGAUGUUUCUGGGCCAGGCAGAGAGAACAUGCCAUAGAUUUCACAAGGUGGGGGAAAACCUGGUAUGUUUGUGUGUUCUGGUGCCUGAAAGAGGGAAAGGUACAAGAAAAGUAUUCACAUACUUCCUAUCUGUUGUAUAAGCUUACAUUUAGACUGGGUGUCCACCUUUUCCUGACACCUGUGAAUUGUGUCAUGUUUGUUUGCUUUGGCAUGGCCCUGUAUUAUCCUGGUGGUUGAUCUGCACUUCAAUCUGUAUUUUGUGUCAUCAACUUGAGGUUAGCAGAUUAACAUUUUAAUUAACACCAGCACAUUCACAGCACUACAAAAUGCUUGGGUGUCUCCUCAUGUUGAUCUCUGUACUGGAACAGGUUUUCAGUGUGGUUUUGUUUCAGUUUUGGAAUGAGCUGGUUCUACAGCCCAGAUUCUAUAGUCUGUCCACAAAACCUCUUCACUGUGUUUAAAACAUUUCCAACAGUCAGGGGAAAUUUUACAGGAAAUCUUCUACAAGCUAGGCAUUGUGAUGUUUAAAUAAGACCCCUUUUCAAACAGCACCUUGUGAGCUUGUGUCUCAGUGAGUGAGCAGCUGUCACAGAUGAUGCUGUUAUAUCAUCUUGCACUGUACCACUGUACAAUCUCUGGCUGUACCAUUUGCUGCAUUUCUUCUAGUGACUGCCAAAAAAGAAACAAAAAAAGGUUGAGCAGCAAUCCAGUUCUUUGGCUUGGCUGUCACAAGUGUCUUCCUGUUUUUAUUGGAAAGAUGUGGCCUUUAUUAUUUAGUUCUAAUUUCAAGGAUGUUCCCUCAUUGGCUUCUACUGACAAUGAGUGAAUUUUGUGCUGGAGGUGGGAGAAUGCUGGCACUGGGAGCAGAGGCACCAGCCUCCCUGUUCUUUUUGGUUGGCUGCACAUGUCUCUGGUUUUAAGGUGGUGGAACUAUCUGGAGAAAAUGGAAGAACUUGACGAGGUGCAGCAGCAUUGCAAAACUGAAAACCACAAAAGAUGCAGUUUCAGGUGUGAAUUGUGCAAUUUCCCAAGGGCUGCUGAGCUUGUGGUGGGAGAAUCAGUGUGGACAUAAUCAUUUCACCAGGGCCCUGGCACAUAAAUGACCCCUCCAAAGUGAAACCAGGGCAGUUUAGAGCUGCUGGAUCCUUCACCCUCAGCGAGUUACCUGUUACAGGAAGGCCUCAGUUUCAUGUGAGAGUUUGUAAAAUCAUGAAAGUGUUAAGGCUGGAAGAGACCUCCAAGAACAUCAAGUCUACCCCUAAAUUCAGUGCCACAUCUGCACAUCUAAAUACCCCCAGGGCAGUACCUGUGAGGAGAGGACCCCCCUUCACCAGGGUCACUGCCUGGCUGGGAGCAGCUCCCAGCUGCUGACUCAGGCCAACCCCUGGCACUGAUUAACCACUGCCAGGGCCCGGGCAGGGGGUGGGAUGGCCACGGAGCAGGGAUUGGUUUGUGCCUGAGGACAGAGGGUGGGAUUUGAUGCUCCUCUGCUCUGGGUUGCAGCACCUGGAGAGGAUCUUCCUCCGAGGAAGGUGUGAAGCACCUGGGAGGUGGGAGCUGUGUGUAAGCAGGGGCUGCUCGGGGAUCAGCAUGUCUUUCAUCCAGGUAGACAAGGACUCAGAUUUUCCUCUCCAAAACCUCCCCUAUGGGGUUUUCUCCACGAAGGAGGAGCCUCGGCACAGGAUUGGGGUAGCUAUUGGGGACCAGAUUUUGGAUCUCAGCAUCAUCAAACACCUUUUCAAUGGACCAGCUCUUGCCAAACACCAGCAUGUCUUUGACCAGCCCACCCUGAAUGCCUUCAUGGGGCUGGGCUGGCCGGCGUGGAGCGAGGCCAGGGCGCUGCUGCAGAAGCUGCUGUCAGCUGCAGAGCCCACCCUGAGGGACAACACGGAGCUGAGGAGGAGGGCAUUUGUGCCUCAAGCUGCUGCGACGAUGCACCUGCCUGCGCACAUUGGAGAUUACACUGACUUCUAUUCCUCGCGCCAGCAUGCCACAAACGUUGGGAUCAUGUUCAGGGGGAAGGAGAAUGCUCUGAUGCCGAACUGGCUGCAUUUACCUGUGGGUUACCACGGCCGGGCAUCGUCUGUUGUGGUGUCUGGGACGCCCAUCAGGAGACCUGUGGGACAAACAAAACCUGACAAUGAUAAACCUCCAGUGUUUGGUGCUUGUAAGCGUCUGGAUAUCGAGUUAGAAAUGGCGUUCUUUGUAGGUCCUGGAAACAAGUUUGGGGAGCCCAUUCCCAUCAGCAGGGCCCAGGAGCACAUCUUUGGGAUGGUGCUGAUGAACGACUGGAGCGCCCGUGACAUCCAGAAGUGGGAAUAUGUUCCUCUGGGUCCCUUCCUGAGCAAAAGCCUUGGCACAACCAUCUCUCCCUGGGUUGUCACCAUGGAAGCUCUCAUGCCAUUUGUGCUGCCAAACCCCGUGCAGGAUCCCAAGCCGCUGCCCUACCUUCAGGAUAAAGAGCCCUACACUUUUGACAUCAAGCUCUUUGUUGCCAUUAAAGGAGAAGGAAUGAGCACGCCAGCUACUAUAUGCAGAUCCAAUUUCAAGCACAUGUACUGGACCAUGAAGCAGCAGCUGGCUCAUCAUUCCAUCAAUGGCUGCAACCUCAGGCCUGGAGACCUGCUGGCCUCUGGCACCAUCAGUGGACCUGAGCCAGAGAGCUUUGGCUCCAUGCUGGAGCUGUCCUGGAAUGGCACAAAAGAAAUCCCUCUCGGCAGUGGGCAGUGUCGGAAGUUCCUGCAGGAUGGAGAUGAAGUCAUUCUGACAGGGUACUGCCAGGGCAACGGCUUCCGUGUGGGAUUUGGCCAGUGCUCAGGAAAAAUCCUUCCAGCCCUGUCCAAUCCAUGAGGCCUGGAGUGAUGUGACAGCCAAGGAGGAAUCCUCCCACCUCCACCAGUCAUCCUGCUUUAUUCAGAUUUAUUAUUUUUAUAUGAGUGAUUGUAAUCUUACUCUUUUUAAUUGUCAAUAAAUAUCUUAAAGGUG